AUGGGUUGGGAAGGAAACCUUGAGCCGAAUGGCACAGAGGGUAAAAACUUCUACAUCCCCAUGUCCAACAGGACUGGGAUUGUUAGGAGUCCCUUUGAAUAUCAGCAGUAUUACAUGGUGGACCCCAUUUGGUAUAGGAUGCUGGCUUGUUACAUGCUCUUCCUGAUCUGCGGUGGAGCCCCCAUCAAUGCGCUGACAUUGUUUGUCACGGCUCAGAACAAGAAACUUCAGACACCUCUCAAUUACAUCCUGGUUAACUUGGCUGUGGCUGGUCUCAUCAUGUGCGCCUUCGGGUUCACCAUCACAAUCACAUCGGCUGUUAACGGCUACUUCAUCUUGGGAGCCACCUUCUGCGCAAUCGAGGGAUUCAUGGCCACGCUCGGAGGUGAAGUUGCGCUCUGGUCUCUGGUGGUGUUGGCCGUGGAGCGAUACAUUGUCGUCUGCAAACCUAUGGGAAGCUUCAAGUUCAGCGGCACCCAUGCUGGAAUUGGAGUUUUGUUCACCUGGAUCAUGGCUCUUGCAUGUGCCGCACCCCCACUCUUUGGAUGGUCCAGAUACCUCCCCGAGGGCAUGCAGUGCUCCUGCGGACCCGACUACUACACUCUGGCUCCAGGCUUCAACAACGAAUCCUACGUCAUCUACAUGUUUGUGGUCCACUUCUUCGUUCCCGUCUUCCUUAUUUUCUUCACUUACGGCAGCCUUGUGCUAACAGUCAAAGCUGCUGCAGCCCAGCAGCAGGACUCUGCUUCCACCCAAAAAGCUGAGAAGGAAGUGACACGUAUGUGCAUCCUGAUGGUCUUUGGCUUCCUGAUCGCUUGGACCCCAUAUGCCACCUUCGCUGGCUGGAUCUUCUUGAACAAGGGAGCUUAUUUCUCUCCUCUGACUGCUGCUCUCCCCGCCUUCUUUGCAAAGAGCUCUGCUCUGUACAACCCGGUCAUCUAUGUGCUGAUGAACAAACAGUUCCGCAACUGCAUGCUGACCACUAUUGGGAUGGGCGGCAUGGUGGAGGAUGAGACUUCAGUGUCCACCAGCAAGACAGAAGUGUCUUCUGUGUCUUAAAUAUAAUGACACCUCAAAUUCUAUGGACAUUUUCCUCAUUGAUUUGGAAACCAUCUCAUGAAAAAAACAACAACAACAACAACAUCCUGGACUUUUGCCAAAUGGAAUUACGGAAAAUGAAUGGACACGCAAACAAAUAUCAACCCACCUGUCAAUAUGUAUAUAAAAAGAAAACGGUACAAGAGAGAUGCUACAGAAGUUACGCAUGGUGUUGUCCGUCUGUGUGUGCACAUCAGUGUGCGAGUGUGAAUGAACUGUGACGACACAACACAGAGUAUGACGGCACUCCAAAACGCUCGACUAUCAAGUUGGAACCCGCUGCGGCACAGCAACAGUGGGCCCAUGUGCAAUCAUAUGCGAGGUUAUUUUCAUGGCAUUAUGUUAUGGUUCAUUGGGCUGUUUCAAUGUGACUGUUUUUAUGUAUACUAUUUCGCAAAAAAAAAAAGAAGAAAAAAAAAAC